AUGGCGAUCAUCCUUCUUCGCAUUGUAGCCUUCUUCCUUAUCACUUUCGACGUUGCAAAUAAUGCAGAUUGCCAAUCCUUUAUCGGCGUAAACUACGGCCAACUCGCUGACAACCUCCCGCCGCCGUCAUCCACUGCAAAGCUAAUCCAAUCAACCUCAAUCCAAAAGGUCCGCCUCUACGGCUCCGACCCCGCCAUUAUCAAAGCCUUAGCUAACACCGGCAUCGGAAUCGUCAUCGGUGCAGCCAACGGCGACAUUCCGGCCCUUGCAUCCGACCCCAACUACGCCAUCAACUGGAUCAACACCAACGUUGUCCCCUUCUAUCCAGCAAGCAAUAUCAUCCUCAUCACCGUCGGCAACGAGGUCCUGACCUCUGGUGACCAGGGCUUGGUUACUCAGCUAGUUCCCGCUAUGCAAAAUGUCCAAAACGCCCUCAACUCCGCGUCUUUGGGCGGGAAGAUUAAGGUCUCCACUGUCCAUGCCAUGUCAGUGCUUAAGAAUUCUGAGCCGCCGUCUUCCGGGAGCUUUGAUCCUGGUUUUGGUGACGUCAUGAAGGCGUUGCUAGGGUUCUGUAGUGCCACCGGUUCGCCUUUUGCUAUCAACCCGUACCCGUAUUUCGCUUACCGGAGCGACACCCGACCCGAGACCCUGGCUUUCUGCCUGUUCCAACCCAACGAGGGCCGGUUCGACUCCAACACAAAGAUCAAGUACAUGAACAUGUUCGAUGCGCAGGUGGAUGCAAUAAGAUCUGCAUUGAACUCCAUGGGGCACAGUAAUGUGGAGAUUGUGGUCGCCGAGACUGGCUGGCCUUACAAAGGAGACGACAAUGAGGUUGGUCCGAGUGUCGAAAAUGCCAGGGCUUAUAACGGCAAUCUGAUUGCGCAUCUCCGAUCAAUGGUUGGGACUCCAUUGAUGCCAGGGAAGUCAGUGGACACUUACCUCUUUGCACUAUAUGAUGAGAACUUGAAACCUGGCCCUGGUUCCGAAAGAGCUUUCGGCCUCUUCAAGCCUGAUCUCACCAUGACUUAUGAUGUUGGCCUCUCCAAGAGUGCUAGCCAGACCCCAACUACGCCGACGGUGCCCACCACGCCUAAGGCACCCACUGCAGUAGUGCCUAAAACGCCGGCGAACCCAUCCACUGCGCCGAAGCCAAAUAAAGGGGUGUGGUGUUUGCCUAAGAAAGGAGUGUCCGAGACUCAAUUGCAGGCUAACAUAGAUUAUGUUUGCGGACAUGGUUUUGAUUGUAGUCCAAUUCAACCGGGCGGGGCUUGUUUCGAACCAAACAAUGUGGCUUCCCACGCUGCUUAUGCCAUGAAUAUCCUGUAUCAAACCGCCGGUCAUGAUGCGCAGAAUUGUGAUUUCUCCCAAUCUGCCACACUCUCAUCGAACAACCCUAGCUAUGAUAGCUGCAACUACCCAAGUGAGAGUACCUGAAGAUGUAGAAAUAGAUGGCCUCUGUGUCACUAAAUAAAUGUCACAUUCUCUGAAAGCAAAAAGCUGAAGAAAUUGGGACGAGUGAGAAUUAUGUAGGAAACCUCCAGGGUGUGUUUUCUAUUAGCUGUUUUGUGUAACUUAAAAUGUAAAUGAAUGG